CGACCUGAAGAUCACUGACGUAAUGAUUUGACCUCGUAUUUUUCCGAGUUCCCAGUUGUUUUGAAAGCGGCAUGAGCGCUGUGCAGGAUAGAAAAUACCACAUAAAUCAUCUGCUGAUGAGACCAGGAAGUAAAAAUGUUCCAGCAACCGCGUUGUCUGCAGGGAGAAGCUAGCCGCUAACUGAUCUGCUGCCACCUCACAAGCCUACAACUAGCCUAGCAUGGUAGACUUGGAAAAACAUAUAGCUAUACAUCUUACGUAGCUAGAAUGUUUCAAACGCAGUUUUACAUUGUUUAGCAAAAUAACUGAUGGUGAAAUGAACGGCUGAGAUAUGAUUCGUUGCAUUUAGUGGAAGCAUGGAAAUGAAAGAGUGGGAUCUCCAGACAGCACCAUGAAGCAGUCAGUGAUAACCUAGGUCCUAGGGAACUCUGAUCUCUAACCAUUAAUUUGAUCACCCGUCCUGAGAGGUGGGUACAUGGGAUUCCCAUCAAUAGCAUGAAAUAUAAGCAUUCCUUUCAACGUCUGCUGGAAAGGUUAAGUGGUGAAGCUGCUGCUGAGGGAGAAGCCAUGUCACGGGUCCCUUCCCCUCCUCCACCAGGGGACAUGUCUACAGGGCCUGUGGCGGAGAGCUGGUGUUACACACAGGUAAAAGUAGUGAAGUUCUCCUACAUGUGGACCAUCAACAACUUCAGUUUCUGUAGAGAGGAGAUGGGGGAGGUUUUAAAGAGUUCAACCUUCUCCGCUGGACCUAAUGACAAGAUGAAAUGGUGUCUGAGAGUCAACCCAAAAGGACUGGAUGAUGAAAGCAAAGAUUAUCUGUCGUUGUAUUUACUUCUUGUUAGUUGUCCAAAAAGUGAAGUCAGAGCGAAGUUCAAGUUUUCCUUAUUGAACACUAAAAGAGAAGAGACUAAAGCUAUGGAAAGCCAAAGAGCCUAUCGGUUUGUCCAGGGGAAGGACUGGGGCUUCAAAAAGUUUAUUAGAAGAGAUUUCCUGCUUGAUGAAGCCAACGGGCUGUUACCUGACGACAAGCUAACCCUGUUCUGUGAGGUGAGCGUGGUUCAGGACUCUGUGAACAUCUCUGGCCAGUCCAACAUGAACAUGCUGAAGGUCCCAGAGUGCCAGCUGUCAGACGACCUGGGGAGCCUGUGGGAGUGUUCUCGCUUCACUGACUGUUCCCUCUAUGUGGGGGGGCAGGAGUUCAAGGCACACAAAUCCAUCCUGGCAGCGAGAUCUCCCGUCUUUAGCGCCAUGUUUGAACAUGAGAUGGAGGAGAGUAAAAAGAACCGUGUGGACAUCAGUGAUGUGGACCCAGAUGUGUUUAAGGAGAUGAUGGGAUUCAUCUACACAGGGAAAGCUCCCAACCUGGAGAAGAUGGCCGACAACCUGCUGGCAGCUGCUGACAAA